UUGAAGGUGUUUGAAACAGGAAGUGACUCUCCUAAGCUGCUCCGCUAAUGCUAAUGGCCCCGGAACAUUAAAGAAGCUCUCUGAAGAUGGCUGGCGUGUUUGAGGUGGAGGUUGACGGUGUGGAGCACGACCACGGGUUGGAGCAGCAUAAUGAACCGAACCAGUUUGAUGUGUCCAAGCUUUCACCAGAAGAGAAAUGGAGAGUGGAGCACGCAAAAAUGCAUGCCAAACACAAAGGUCAUGAGGCCAUGCACGCAGAAAUGGUGCUGAUCCUCAUCGUCACCCUGGUCGUCGCCCAGCUGGUACUCGUGCAGUGGAAACAGAGACACCCAAAGUCGUACAACCUGGUGACACUGUUUCAGAUGUGGGUAGUUCCGCUCUACUUCACUACAAAACUCCACUGGUGGAGGUUUCUGUCCACGUGGUUCGUCUUCUCCGUCAUCACAGCGUACAUCUCCUUUCGUGCCACUCGCAAGCCACUGGCCUGCACCACACCGAGGUUGGUGUACAAGUGGUUCCUCCUCCUGUACAAGAUCAGCUAUGCCAUAGGAAUAUUUGGCUACAGCGUGGUCAUGUUUACACUUUUUGGUAUAAACCUUAUAUUCAGGAUAAAACCAGAGGAUGCUAUGGAUUUUGGCGUUUCGCUGCUGUUCUAUGGGCUGUACUAUGGAGUCCUUGGUAGAGACUUUGCUGAGAUGUGUGCAGACUUCAUGGCCUCAACCGUUGGAUAUUACAGUGCAUCAGGGAUGCCAACCAAGCACCUCUCGGACAACAUCUGUGCCGUGUGCGGUCAGCCCAUUCUCGUAGAUGUCAGUGAGGAAGGGAUAAUCGAGAACACCUACAGAUUAUCCUGCAAUCACGUUUUCCAUGAGUUCUGCAUAAGAGGCUGGUGCAUCGUGGGGAAGAAGCAGAUGUGUCCGUACUGCAAAGAGAAGGUGGAUCUGAAGAGGAUGUUCAGCAAUCCCUGGGAGAGGCCACAUGUCAUGUAUGGACAACUUUUAGACUGGCUUCGAUACCUGGUAGCCUGGCAACCCGUCAUCAUCGGGUUUGUCCAAGGUAUCAACUACGUCCUGGGUCUGGAGUGAUCCCGGACUAAAGACCUCAAUGGACUGAGAAGAUAUGCACUGGCUCCAAAAAGACUGUGGGCCUAACAUUAAACUAAAACACCAACAAAAGUGUCUCUACUUUUUGUAAAUAUUUAUAGGCGCAUAUCUGUAUUUACGGUUUAUUUGAAUUUUAUUAGUGUUCUCUCUCUGGAGGUCUGUUAAUUUCCUGGGAUUUGUUUCACACCCAUGUGAUUUCUUAUUUGGUUGAACUAGUAAAUUGGUUUGAAAAAGGUG